UAAAGCUGAUAGCAUCCCUAAAUUGCACAUGUUCAAAACAAAGCACGAUUUGUACUAUUUUUUCGACAAUUUAAUCAAUUUACAGGCAAAAACACAAGUUUGAACAAUGCCAAAAGUAAAGACAGAGAAGAAGAGCCGCGUGCACAAUGAAGUGCAAAAGCAGGGAAUUGUAUUCAACAAGGAUUUCGGGCAGCAUAUUUUAAAGAACCCCUUGGUGAUAACCACCAUGCUGGAGAAGGCUGCUCUGCGACCCACAGAUGUGGUGCUGGAAAUCGGUCCCGGUACGGGAAACAUGACUGUCCGCAUGCUGGAGAAGGCGAAGAAGGUGAUUGCCUGUGAAAUCGACACCCGCCUGGCCGCCGAGUUGCAAAAGCGUGUGCAGUCCACACCGAUGCAACCCAAGCUGCAGGUGCUAAUCGGUGAUUUCCUGAAGGCGGAGCUGCCCUUCUUCGACCUGUGCAUUGCCAAUGUGCCGUACCAAAUCAGUUCGCCGCUGAUAUUCAAGCUCCUAUUGCACCGGCCCCUCUUCCGCUGUGCCGUGCUCAUGUUUCAACGUGAGUUCGCCCAGCGUCUAGUGGCCAAGCCGGGCGACAAGCUCUACUGCCGUCUGAGCAUCAACACACAACUGCUUGCCCGCGUCGACAUGCUCAUGAAGGUGGGCAAGAAUAACUUCAGGCCGCCGCCAAAGGUAGAGUCGAGUGUGGUGCGCCUGGAGCCGAAAAAUCCCCCACCCCCGGUGAACUUUACCGAAUGGGAUGGCCUCACCCGCAUUGCCUUUUUGCGCAAAAACAAGACUCUCGCUGCCACCUUCAAAGUGAGCUCCGUGAUGGAAAUGCUCGAGAAGAACUACAAAUUGUAUCGCUCGCUGAGGAACGAGCCCCUCGAAGAGGGUUUUAAUAUGCAGGAAAAGGUCAUCCGAAUUCUAGAGGAACUGGACAUGGCCACAUCCCGUGCGAGAUCUAUGGACAUAGAUGAUUUCAUGCGUCUCCUGCUGACCUUUAACUCGGAAGGAAUACACUUCAAUUAGUUAGCUUUCCUCUUUAGAUAUUAAGACUGUUAAACUUUUUAUAUUAGCAGAAGCAAUAUAAAUGUUAAGCCAAAGAACUGUGUGUCAGAUAAAUGUAAGGCUUAUUUCGUA